GGGGUUGGAGCCGCGGUGUUGGCUUUGGGCCUCCGUCUGUCCGUCUGUCUGUGGAGAUCCCGGGCGGCCGGCCAGGCUUUCCCAGGCUCGGGAGUGAUGACUCCGAAUUUCCGACCCGAUCUGGGGGGACCCGAAGCGGUGUUCUUGUUCUUUUGUGAAUGGGGUUUGCAGCGCGGGACACGCGGGCUCCGGGGGUUGCUCUGGCUGUUUUUGUGAAAACCCCGCAUUGUCCUCGGAAACCAGUGGCGGCUUUGUCUCGGGCUUUUGCCAGAUGGAUCUCGGCUGUCCCUGCUUAGCGGCCGAAUGGGAGCGGGCAGAUAAUAGCAGCGGCGGCGGCGCGGGACCCCCUGUUUACCUCUGCCUGGCGCCCCGGCCGCCCCUUCAUCCACUUCUGUUGGGCUCUUUGACGCUGGCUAGCUUUAGUGCCCCACUGCUUCGGGAUUGCGAGUGUCGGAGGGCCGGGCUAGAGGCGACCCGACAUUCCAUAUGUUGGAGGCCGGCAGCCUUGGAAGCAGCCGCGGGCGCCGCGCCUGGGGUAACGCUGCCAGAUUCUUUAAUGAUGAAUGGGUCCAAUGUUGCCAAUACAACACCCAAUGCAAAAUCUAAAGAGGACCAGGUAGUGAAUGGGCGUGAUGAAAAGGAAAACAACCCCUUUGCUGAGUACAUGUGGAUGGAGAAUGAAGAAGACUUCAAUAGACAGGUAGAGGAAGAACUUCAGGAGCAGGAGUUCCUGGACCGCUGCUUCCAGGAGAUGUUGGAUGAAGAAGACCAGGACUGGUUCAUUCCCUCACGUGACUUGCCUCAAGGCAUUGGACAGCUGCAGCAGCAGCUCAAUGGACUUUCUGUCAGUGACAGUCACAGUUCAGAAGAUAUUUUGAGCAAAAGUAACCUGAACCCUGAUGCCAAGGAGUUUAUUCCAGGAGUGAAGUACUGAAUCUUCCCGAAACCUUUAAGGAGGACUUGUGAGCCCUCUCUCCAGGGACAAAACUGCAUACAGAGUUGGGGGCCGGAGGGGGUGGGGGGGCGCUCAAGGGAGGGUCAAACUCGACACUGUGAAUCGAGUCACUAACGUGGGCGAUCUGAUUCUACAAGCUUCUGUGUAUCUCUUUUGUUCUGCUAGGCUGCCUGCGUUUGGGCACUUUGGAUAGUCUCUUGUAACAUAAUGGCUUUUUUCUUCCCUUUUUGUUUGUUUUUAUGUAAGAAGAUGGCAUCUUUCUUUCCUUUCCCACUAGAAUGUCUGUGUAUUUUAAGCAUCUCUUUCCAGGAUUAGGGUCUAUCCUGCUAUGCAUUUAUGAGAUUCAAGGAAAACCUGCAGAACUUACUAUACCCAUUAAACUGGUAAGAGGAGAGGCCAGGUGUGGGCUGGUGGGCUUGAUGUCUACACCUCCCAGGUGACCUGUGGGAACUCCCUGGUCAGCUGCUUUUCUUUGUCAGAGCUUCCUCCAAGGCCCUUGUGAGAGCCUGGACUGUGCCCCUGGCUCACAGUAAUCACUCGGGAGGAAGCAGUCUGUGGUGAAUGGUGGUCUCCAGGCCUCCGGGUCCUACGAUGGCGCUCCUAAAUGUCAGGCUCAUCGUUUGGAGCAGAAGUAGCCGUGCUGUGGCUUUGCCGCCUUCCCUGGCCGCCUCCUCUCCCAUCCCUUGGCUCUGAAGUCAGAAACGUCACCAAGCCCGGAGGUGGUAGGCGACCAACACUGGCCGGGGGGCUACUGCGGGGAUCGCUUUAACUCUCACGGUGAACUGCACCGCUGUGAUUCUUCACCUACUUACCUCUGUUAGCAUCUGGUACUUUGCUCUGCUCUGCCAGCUUUCCUGGCUGUAGAGGCUUUACACAACAGGUGGGCGAUGGCCAAAGAUUGAUUCCCGAGACCGGAGAGAAGGAGACCGAGUUCCUCUUGUUGACAUUGGUCCUUCCUUGUGCAGUUUUGCACGGGGCCCUUUAAGAGGACCCUAGAUGUGAGGGGGAGGGAGACACUCCCCUCCCUGUCCAUUAUGUGUCCUCCCAAGGCAGGGAGUUGAGGCCUCCUUCACAUCUGCUAGCAGCACCUGUUUGUGCGUCUGCCCCAUGUGGUCCCGUUAUGUGUUGUCUUCGGUGGUUGUUCCUCUUACUAGAGGGGCUCUUUGUCCCCGACCACUGCUCAAGAGAAAUGUAACCAAGCACUAGCCAUAGUGGUCAAAGAACAGAGUUGGCUCCCAGGAUGGUCAUAGCAGACCCUCCCUUCCCUCCGAGGCUUCUGCCAUAGCUGGGGGGACGACUGAUAGAACAGAGAGGACCCUUUGACUUGAAAUCAAGCUCCGACGAGCAGCUUUAGCUGCUGCCGAGGGGAGCCGCCUUUCUAGUAGCAUUUUAAUAGGAAGCUCUUGGUUUCUUGAUGAGCCAGACUGGAAUCGUCUCUUAAGCUGAACCUGUUUCUCUUCUCUCCACAAUUUACCCUGGUGUUUCUUGCCUGCUUACCUGUGGGACUCUGUCUUCCACUCUCGCCUGGGUGAAGGUACCCGUCCCCGUCAGAGAUGCCAGCAGGAUCGCCCGUCAUCCUUCCCUUCACUAGCGGAGAUGCCCGCUUUCAGCUCUGAGCAGCGGGUGCUCCUGUUCAUGUAGUCAGACCCAGAAGAGUCAGGGAGAUAGGAGGUCAGAUCUCCCUCUUUUCUUUUAGCCUUUAGAGGUGGUUCUGAAUGAAUCUUCCUGUUCCUAAAGUGGUAGGGAAGGAGAUGACAACUAAGUAACCACAGGCCAUUUUUUAAGAACACUGUAGCCAUCCCCAUCACAGUGAGCACACAGUUGACCAUCUGAGUGGAAGGGCUUCCCGUGUGGGACCUGGAGAGCUGGCUCUUUCCUCCCUCCUGCUUCCAGGAUAAUUAAUAGCAAGGGCCCUGGCUUUCUGCUAGCACAUCUUCACCUCUUUGGCCAGCACCAGAUUCACUUGAGCGGACGAGCUGUUGGUGCCGAGGGCUCAGAUCUUCUUACCUGCUUGGACCCAGAGCUUUUAGUCCCCUUCAGGUCCAGAAAGCAGCUUUGCAUUGGGGACCAGGUCGUCCAGUCAUCUCCAUUGUGUCUUCCUCAGUGCUUUCACCAGUGGCCUUCUCUUUACCUGGCCCUCGUUUCUGUCCCACCCAGACCAGCCAGGAUAUAGGAGGCAGGAUGCUUCCUCAAAUCUGUUUUAGGAAGAAGAUCUCCAAGGAAGCCCAUGUGUGUGACAGGAGAAGUUCCCCUCAACACUACUCAACCUUUUUGAAGUGAAAGCCUGGACUUUAGAGGGGAGUCUUUGGCUGUUGGACUUUAGCAACCACACUUCAAUAUCUUUUAUUCAGAAAUGGAACCUGUGAAGCCACAGGAUCAUAGCUUUUGAGCUGAAGGGAUCUUUGAGGUCUUUUGAAUCCCAUUUACAGAUGAGGAAAAGAAGGGAAACGGGGCUAAGUGACUUGCCCCAGUUACAUCACUAAUACGUGUCUGAAGCUGGAUUUGAACUCGGGUCUUCCUAGCUCCAGACCCAGCUGCCUCUCUAAUGCUGGCUCUUCUUGGUAUGCACUUCACCGGAGGCCCUGAGCAGGCCUGGAAGUCCUAGGUUAGGAGAGAUGAUAUUUUAGGGUGGUUAGUGACUAGGAUGAAAUUCCUCAUCGAGUUUUGGGGUCAUUUUCUUUUUUAAAAGGCAUUUGAAAUGGUGGCAGUAGCCCUUGCCUUUUCCAGUUUCCCCAGAGCACCGACUGCAGGCUUUGCUCUGGCCUCGUGCUCCCCUGCCAGCGGGGAGCCUGCGACUCGGGAGCGCGGGGGAAGCGGGCAGAGGAGAACCGGAAGCCUUGCCUCCUGCGCCUCCAGGCGGCGGUCCCGGCAUUCCGUGUGCAGGGCGUCCCCUGCCUUAUGAGAAAGUCAUGGAGGUGACGGGUUGGCUUGAGACUCCUCGAAGGAGGUGUCUCGCGCUUUCAGCAUCGCAGCUCGGUGGGUGCAGAUGCUGGGCAAAACUGCUGAGGUCUGAAUGGGAUUAUUGGCGUGAGGAAGGGCCCCUUCGUCCGAGGGGGAGAGCACAGAGGCGGCCCCUGGGCCCAGACGGCGUGCGGAUUGUUGGGAAGGUCUGUGGGUGGGUUAAGGAUUGGGCAGGGGGCGGCCCUCGGAGUCCUUCGGGGAGCCCGCAGAAGGGGGAGUGGAAAAGCGAUCCUAGCCAUAGGCUGGCUCUCCGGUUUGCACUGGCCAAUCUACUUCCCCUUCCUGGGCAAACCCCGCCCAAAUGGUGACUUUGCAUGGCAUAUGGAAGCUGGUCCACUCUGCCCUCUACUGGCACGGACUAGAGUUGCAGCUCCAGACAACGGUGGGCACAAGUUUUGAGGGGAAAAGAAAUUAAAAAAAACCUUCCAUCCCUCCUUGCCAAGGGAGGUGGACCUGGAAGAAGGAAACGACGUCUUUCCUUUCCCAAUAGCUCUUUGAUUUGCUCUUGCCCCCUGGCAGCCUCGCAGGAGGCUGAGCUCACCGGCCCUUCAUCCCCAGAGGCAGAGGAGAGAGAAGCCUUGAGGUUCUCCGCGGACUAAGACACUGAUUGUCUGAUUGGCUGUCCCAGCGCUCAUCCCCUUCGUCCCCACCCCGUCACGGACAACAGAAGCACAUUCUAAAAGCCCAAACUAUAGCAAGAGGGGGUUUGCGUACAGUACUUGCUCUGCGAGCCAAUAGUAAAUGACAGCUGUGCCCUGUCUAGGAAUGCAGAAACCUUCAUGGCGGCUGCUUGCGAGGGGACGCUUCCUUGCAAACACAAACAAAGCACACCUUGGCUUUCAGCCUCCUGUGGAGCAAAGGAAACCGGUGUCAAGCAGCUGCCUCCAGAGCCAGAGGAGCCGCCCGCCAGGAAGUGACCCAACUUGGCUCACUCCAAAGGAACAUCUCUUCAGAGCCAGCCCCGUUUGCCGUGCUCUUCUCCAAGAGCUGGAGCUUCUGCCUUCCUUUUAAGUGAGAACUUUGCUUCUCCUUGGAAAACUCAGAUCUCAUCUCCUCGCUGUGCAAACAGCUCGGGAGACUCUGCCAAGGCAUCUAAUAAUGGAAUCAAUUACGGAUUAACAAGCGGACAGAACUCGAAAGCAUCAGUUUCUUCAAAAUCCAUGUUGAGCCGUCUCUGCAGACAAGCUUUCGAGGGAAUGUGGUCCCCUCUCUCCACGGAUCAUGCUACCUUUGUUGGUUGGGGGAGGGAAGAAAGAGGGAGCUUUAGAGGGUGUGGAGGGGGGGUUUGAGGGGGGCGGGGGCUUUGUAUUAUUCAUCCCUUGCAGAAAUAUCAAAAGCACUUUUGUGAAGCACAUGCUACGCUAUAGCUGGGAGAACUUCUGUCUACACUAUUUUGUUGGGAGAGGGAGAACAGGAGUUUAAAAUUGAAAUUUUGUUUUUCAUAAAAAUGUCAAAAAGGAGAAAAGGUUACUUUUUUCUGAACUUGCUUUUCAAACCAAAUGGCAGCUCUUAAAAAUAUCAAUAAAAUUUAAAGGCAGUGA